GUCUGAAACUUUCGUUUCGAACACUUUCUACGAACCUUUGCUAAAUACAAAUCCGGAUAGAAAAUUCAACUCAGACAUUUCGCAGACAUCGAACGGAUGCAUGAAGAACGGACGUAUUAUGUAUGCUGGCUGAACGUUCGAUUAUUAAUUACGUAUUCCUAGUAUUUGAUAAGAAUUAUUGGAAAGAUUACACACAGCAAAUUCACUAGGUCAAUGUAGGUGCCGAUAAGGAAACAAGUGAGUGCGUUGCGUUUAUUGAAAUGAAAAAAUUUCUUCUUCGCAAAGUAGUUGAUAUCUGAACCUCGAGUGAUUAACAAGUGAAUUUUGUUCUGCUGCACGUAACCAUUGUAACCUUGAAACCGCUUCUGGACAUUCAUUUUCCUACUUAUCAUCUGCUUUCGGAAUGGAUUCAACCGCAACGUUACGUGCCAUUUUCGAUAGGGAUAACGGUAACCAGACCGCUGUUAUCAUUCCUCGCUCCUGUCCCAUACCAACCACAUUGUCAUACAAUCAGCUGUAUGAAGUCGUACAGGAAUUCUGUGCCAAAUUGGCCAGCAUUGUGCCGAGAUCACAAUUGGCACCAGGAAAUUCCAUUUCCAUUGCCUAUCCCAACAGUCUAGAGUUUGUGGUCAGUUUCUUGGCCUGUGGUCUGAUGCGAUUGGUAGCGUCGCCGUUGAAUCCGGCCUACACGAAAGAAGAGUUCCUGUUCUAUUUAGAAGAUGCCAACAGCACGGUUAUGAUUGUUCCGCCCGGAUCCAUCAAAAGCAACUAUGCAGCAGUUCUGGCUGCGCAACAGAGACGCGGAAUCCAUGUGAUCGAAGUAUUUUGGAAUGGAAAAUCCAUUGUGAUGAACACAGCACAGACUGAAGGUUCGUCGAGUGGUCAGUCAGUGGUGUUCAGUCCUCAGCCUGAAGAUGUGGCUUUACUGCUGCAUACCAGCGGUACAACGGGACGGCCAAAAGGCGUUCCAUUGUCGCACUUGAACCUGACCACCUCCAUGAAGAACGUUAGUAAUACCUACAAAUUGACGCCAAACGACCGAACUCUUCUCGUGAUGCCCUUGUUUCAUAUCCACGGAUUGAUAUGUGGUCUCCUCGCAACACUUUUAUCGGGAGGAUCGGCGGUUAUUCCGCAAAGAUUCAGUGCUUCCACUUUCUGGUCCGACUACACAGACAUGAAAUGCAAUUGGUACACUGCCGUUCCCACCAUGCAUCAAAUCUUGCUGCAAAAACCACCAUCGACCAUCCCAUACAUUCGAUUCAUCAGAUCAUGUUCGUCGAGUCUGGCACCGACCACAUUCCAUGCUCUGAAACGAACAUUCAAAGCGCCAGUGCUGGAAGCGUACGCAAUGACCGAAGCAUCCCAUCAAAUGACAUCGAAUCCGCUACCAGAAUUCGGCGAAAGUAAACCGGGAACGGUGGGCUUGGGUCAAGGAGUAGAAGUGGCGAUCCUAGACGACAAAGGAAAUCCGGUUGAAGAAGGUGAAGUUUGUGUCCGUGGCCGCAAUGUUACCAGAGGUUAUUUGAACAAUCCACAAGCUAAUGCUGAAGCGUUCACUGCUGACGGAUUCUUCCGCACUGGUGAUCAGGGUAAAAAGGAUAAAGAUGGCUAUCUGAUCUUAACCGGUCGCAUCAAGGAGCUGAUCAAUCGAGGUGGUGAAAAGAUUUCACCGUUGGAGUUAGACGCCAUACUUCUAACACAUCCGUCAGUAUCUGAAGCGGUCACAUUUGGAGUCCCAUCCGAAAUGUACGGACAGGAAGUGCAUGCGGCAGUGGUGCUAAAAUCUCCGACAAAGUCUGUGGCUGCUGUGGAAAAGGAGUUGCAAAAUUAUGUGCAGUCGAAGGUGGCCAAAUUCAAAGUGCCGAAGCGAAUCCAUGUGACGGAUCAGUUACCGAAGGGAGGAACUGGCAAGAUCCAACGCAGACUUAUGGCGAACAUAUUUGCCAAAUCUGAACCAAAUCUUAAGUCCAAGUUGUAAGAUGAUAUAAACGACAUGACUGCCUGCUGCUGAUGCCAGACUGACUACAUUGUGUAGUGUUUCUCAAAACGUUUUCGACUAAAAUUAAAUCAAAUUGAACCUAACAAAC